AUGGCCUUUGCACAGCAACACCGACCUCAGAGCACUCGACAAAUCUCCUAUCAUGCACCAGAGCCCGCCCCCAAAGUCACGACUAGCUCGCAACACCUCAAGCGACCGCUAGAACAGUCCGAAGAAUGGGUUCUCUUCUCUCCUGGCGCACCCUCCACUACCGCCCAGACACAGACGACGUCGACGGAGCGAACGCCGCGCACAGCUGGCCUGUCACGCUUCAGCGAGUUUGGCUCCCUCGACACGGCUGCCCGUUCAGACCAAGACGACGACCAAGGCACGUGUCUAGGCACAGAGGAGGAGCUGGACAGCCUCGACGAUGGACUGCAUGCCUUUCACGAACCGUCAGACUAUCAUGCACCUGCAGGCAGGUUACAACAGGGCGCUGAUCCCGUACUCCCAACCCAUGAUGGGCUGGGCGAGUUCCAACCCAAUGCUACCAUGCAAGAGCACAUGUGGCAGUUUGAGAGACCACGGCGCCGUGCUGCUCGACGUCGGUCAAGCGUACAGCGCCAUUUCAACCUUCUCGAUGACUCGGAACAGAGCAACACCGAGCUAGAUCGGCGGCAGCGUAUUGAGACAUGGAGGCUAGAGCAGAGCAAGGCACUGUUGGAAGAGAUUGAAAAGGAGACGCGAAGAAGACGGCGCAUGAGCACAGUCAGUACUGCACCCAGCCAAAUCAGCACCACAUCACAAGAGACUACAACCACCACAUCCAAGGCGGCUCCGUCACUUACGAGCACCCACAGUGACUCGUCUGACGAGGGGACCGAGAACUUGUCCUUUUGGCAGCGCAUAACACGAAGAGUGAUCCGCGACCUCAUCGGGCUAGACGAAGACACACUUUCCGUCAUCUUUGGCGAAACCUUGCCGGAAGAGGCAAUGACAUCAGAACCAGUAUCCUCACUCGAAAACUCGGCGAAUCAAGCCCUCGAAGAUGCCCGCACAAACGCCUCUACCCUCUCGAACACCUGGCAAACCAAGCUCCUGGAGCGAGUAGCUCGAGAGCUUGGUAGCCUAGUGCACCAGCUUUCCGAACAUCCAGGCGCGUUCUCCACAUACCAACACAGUGUGCCAACCCCCGACUAUGCUCGCUUGACAAACAGCAUAGCAGCCUCAAGCACUGCUACAGCUCCAUCAACUCAUCUCCCUUCCUCCCGUCUGCCUGCUAGCGCCCGAAACUCUACUUCUUCUCCUGCCUCGGCUCAUUUUGCACCCACAUUUCCGAUCCAAACAUCGCACAUGUACAGCGAAGCAUCGUUGUGGGGCAUUGAAGAAGAGCCCGAGGCAGUCGAUGCGAACCAUGCUUCGGGUCGUGGGGAGGUCCUUCCCCCUGCCGCAACGAACAUUGCAGAAGAUCUAGCCCGAGAAAGAGAGUAUUGGGAGCGCGAAUUGGAUGUGAAGAUGAUCUUCAACUUUUUGCUGCAACGCUUCACCUCACAUCGCUCUGGGAUUUCGGCUCCACAAGUACAACAUGCGAGAGAUGCACCACCUGGCUCUGUAUCGCUGCCAGGCGAACCAACGUCCGCACGGCGGGCAGCCAUCAUUCGAAAACACCACCCUUUGGUUAGCAGGACGACGGAUGCACCGCUCCCGACGUCGUCCUCUGCGUCAUCAAGGGAGCACAAGGCCUAUCGUACCUAUUUCGCUGCAGGACCAAGUCAUUCCACGGCGCGGCAUGCUUCCCAGAAGCUGCGAAGCAAUUCAAGCUGUGCGAGCCAGAGCACCAAGAAGAGUAAGAGGAGUGGCAGUUCGUCGAGAAACUACUGGGAUUUGGGGGGGAGUGUGGGGAGUGUGGCUGGUGAGGUUUAG